GUAAAAUGUUUCGCAACAUUUGCUUAUUACGAUCAAUCGCGUUAUUAUUGGCUUUUAUUUAGUCUCAGGCGUUUCCGACGAAAAGUGCAACUUAUCGAAAUGUUGGGUGUGUGGAAAAUUGCCAUAUUUGUCUUUGUUUUGUGUGGAUUUGAAGCUCAAGCUGAGGUAAAGAAAUUAAACAACAAAUGUCAAAUUCCUCCAACUGCUCCGAAACGAAUCGAAGAAGUCAUCAACAGUUGCCAAGAUGAAAUAAAGAUUGCAAUUUUAUCAGAAGCUCUAGAGGCCUUUAAUGUCAACGAACACAAACUUAGCAGAGAAAAAAGGUCGGCGUUCAAUGAAGAUGAGAAGAAAAUUGCAGGCUGUUUGCUGCAAUGCGUUUAUAGGAAAAUGAACGCAGUAAAUGAAUAUGGAUUUCCCACAGUAGAUGGACUAGUAUCUUUGUACACUGAAGGUAUAACCCAAAAGGAAUACGUCUUAGCUACACUCCAAGGGGUCACUAAAUGUUUGAGCAAAGCUCAGAAAGCGCAUUUGAUUACCCCACUAGCUGUGAAAGCCUCGAAAUCCUGUGAUGUUGCUUAUGACGUAUUCGAAUGUGUCUCUGGAGAAGUAGCAAAAUAUUGCGGACAAUCGCCCUAAAUAAUUCAAUGUUAUAAUUAUUGUACAUUUUUUUUAUACAUAUAUUUUCACUGUAAAUUUAUUUAUUGUUAUUUUAAAAUUGAGGUUUUAGCUUUGCUGCACUCUGUCACUUUUAAAAUUAUAGGCGCACUUUGUAUAAUUGCUUGAUGCAUAGUUUUUUCUAGUCAAAAAUUGUAUUUUUUUUAUAGAUGUGUGUUAUUUUUUAUUUUAAUUAAAUUUUUGUUAAAUUUAUUUGUUUUAUUUUCUAAUUUGCAUCCUUUAGGAAAUUAUUUGGAGAGUUUUAAAAUGAAAGAUUUUU